AUGCCAUCAUACGUCGGUGCUAUCGAUCAAGGAACGACUUCUUCUCGUUUUUUAAUUUUUGAUGAAAUCGGAAAAAUUGUAGCAAUUCAUCAAAUUGAAUUCCCUCAACACUAUCCCCAUCCCGGAUGGAUUGAACAUGAUCCUAAUGACCUUUUAAACUCUGUUUCAACUUGUAUUGAUGAAGCCAUUAAUCAAUUUUUAAAAGAUAAUACUCAUUCUAUUAAAGAUCUCAAAGCUAUUGGAAUCACUAACCAACGUGAAACAUUUCUUGUUUGGGAUAAAAAUACUGGAAAACCUCUUCAUAAUGCUAUUGUUUGGUGUGAUGUUCGUACUAUUGAUUUGGUUCAUCAUUUGACUAAGCAACAUGGUGAUGAUAUAUUUAGAAAAUCUUGUGGUUUACCGAUAUCCACAUAUUUUUCGGCUAUGAAAUUAUUGUGGAUGAUUAAAAAUGUUCCUGCCGUAAAAGAUGCUCAUGACAAUGAUACUUUAUUGGUUGGAACUGUUGAUACUUGGCUUAUUUGGAAUUUAACAGGUGGAAUCAAUGGCGGUUUACAUAUCACUGACGUCACAAAUGCUUCUCGUACUAUGUUCAUGGAUAUUAAUACUUUAGAAUGGAAUCAACAAAUUCUUGAUUUCUUCAAUGUUAAAAAAUCUUGUCUUCCUAGAAUAUGCUCAUCUUCCGAAAUCUAUGGUCAUAUUAAAAUAAGAGAUAAUGAAAUUCCAAUUGCUGGAAUUUUAGGUGAUCAGCAAGCUGCUUUUGUUGGUCAAAAAUGUUUUAAAAGUGGUGAAGCUAAAAAUACUUAUGGUACUGGUUGCUUUAUGUUAUUUAACACUGGUACUACCCCUUUUUUUUCAAAAUCGGGUUUAAUCACUACCGUUGGAUACAAAUUUGGAAAUACGCCUACUGUUUAUGCUUUAGAAGGUUCUAUAGCUGUUGCUGGUUCUGCCAUUAAAUGGCUUCGUGAUAACUUAGGCAUUAUUAAUGAAACUAAAGAUGUUAAUACCCUUGCUGCUUUAACUCCGGAUACCGGUGGUGUAUAUUUUGUUACUGCUUUUUCAGGUCUUUACGCUCCUUAUUGGCGUGAUGAUGCUCGAGGAUGUAUAGUUGGAAUUACUCAAUAUACAAGAAAAGAACACAUUGCUCGUGCAACCCUUGAAGCUACUUGUUUUCAAACCCGUGCAAUUUUAGAAGCUAUGAACAAUGAUUCUGGUCAUCCUUUGACUUAUUUGAAGGUUGAUGGUGGUAUGACUUCUUCGGAUAUAUGUAUGCAAAUCCAAGCUGACAUUCUUGGAAUGGAAGUAGACCGUCCUAUGAUGAGAGAAACAACUGCAUUGGGUGCGGCUAUGGCUGCUGGUCUUGCUGUUGGUGUUUGGAAAUCUUUAAGUGAUUUAUAUAAUGUUAGUAGUGAAGAUAAUGAUGUAUUUAAACCUCAAAUUUCUUCAAAUGAUGCUUUACAGAGGUAUCAACUUUGGCAAAAAGCUGUAGAGAGAAGUUUUGGUUGGGCUUAA